CAUUCUUUUGAUGGUGGACCAGAGCGUGUGCGAAGCAGACUGAAACUAAAAGUACAGUUGUCCGUUAUUAUUAUAAUUUUUUUUUUUGUUCCUGUGAACCGUGCCAAGGUUCCAAAAAGGUGGUGAAGCCCGAUUUGUAGCGCACUGUGGGUUUUGUCUGCCUCUGCAGACUCGCUUGCCCGUUUGAUGUUGGGGAGGGAGAAUGUGCAACAGCAGCCGAGGAGAGAGGGGGAACUCUGUCAGAGUCGCUGCUGCUAGGCUGCUGCAGUCAAUGCCUGGGACCGGAGCAGCGGCGAAGACGGAGACAGAGGCAGAGCGAGCGAGAGUUGGGACCAAAGUGAAAAUGGAGAAUUACAACCGCUUUUCACCUUUGCACUGGGAGCAUUAACGAUCGCGACCAGCGACUUCCGACGAACGAGGAUUUUUUUUUUCCGAACACAAAACGCUGAAAUGAAUUGAAGAGGAAAUAGCUUGCCCCUACGCUCACAACCGAGUCUAUAGCUACCGCUUUUACUACCCUGUAUCUGAUGCUGGUACUAGCUAGCCAUAGCUAGCUAGCUACCUGCGAAAAUUGUUCUGAUUCUUCUCUUGACGUUUUAUCUUGCUUGACAUUCGGCUGUCAGAAGAAUGAUUGAAGAGGGAGGUAAAAGAGGCAAGACAAUGGCGGAGAAGAGGCAGCUCUUCAUGGAGAUGAGGGCACAGAAUUUUGACGUCAUCCGACUGUCAACGUAUCGGACUGCCUGCAAGUUAAGAUUUGUGCAAAAAAGAUGCAACCUCCACCUUGUCGACGUCUGGAACAUGAUCGAGGCCUUUCGCGACAACGGCUUGAACACACUGGACCACAACACGGAGAUCAACGUCUCGCGGCUGGAGACCAUCAUCUCCUCCAUCUACUACCAGCUCAACAAGCGCCUCCCCACCACGCACCAGAUCAGCGUGGAGCAGUCCAUCAGCCUGCUGCUCAACUUCAUGGUGGCUGCAUACGACAGUGAAGGACACGGCAAGCUCACAGUCUUCUCUGUGAAAUCAAUGCUGGCAACCAUGUGUGGUGGUAAAAUAGUGGACAAACUGCGGUACGUGUUUUCUCAGAUAUCAGACUCCAACGGGAUGAUGACCUUCUCUAAGUUUGACCAGUUUUUAAGAGAGGUCCUGAAGUUGCCCACUGCAGUGUUUGAAGGGCCCUCGUUCGGGUAUACCGAGCACUCUUUACGCACCUGCUUCCCCCAACAGAAGAAGAUCACGCUGAACAUGUUUUUAGAUGCGUUAAUGGCUGACCCUCCCCCCCAGUGCCUCGUCUGGUUACCCCUCAUGCACCGACUUGCCAAUGUGGAAAACGUCUUCCAUCCUGUGGAAUGUUCUUACUGUCGGAGCGAGAGCAUGAUGGGAUUCCGUUACCGAUGCCAACAGUGCCACAACUACCAGCUUUGCCAGGACUGCUUCUGGCGCGGUCACGCCAGCGGCCCGCACAGCAACCAGCACCAGAUGAAGGAGCACUCCUCAUGGAAAUCCCCUGCUAAGAAGCUGAGCCAUGCGAUCAGCAAGUCUUUAGGCUGCGUCCCCAGCAGAGAGCCGCCACACCCCGUCUUUCCAGAGCAGCCUGAGAGACCCCUCGACCUGGCGCACAUCGUUCCACCGAGACCAGUGGCCAAUAACAUGAACGACACUAUGGUUAUGUCCUCCGGGGCACCCACCCCCACCAAAAGACUGCAGCAGGGAAUGUCCAGCGCGCGGGCAGUGACGGAGGAGCACGCUCUGAUCGCUGCGUAUGUGACUCGCCUACAGAGCGGGACACGCGCCCUGGAUAGUCCCAGCAGACUGGACGAGGAGCAUCGACUCAUAGCUCGCUACGCUGCCCGGCUGGCGGCCGAAGCAGGCAACACCACGCAACGCCCUCCAACAGAUUUGGGCUUCAACUUUGAUGCAAACAAGCAACAGAGGCAACUUAUUGCAGAGCUGGAAAACAAAAACAGGGAGAUCCUGCAGGAGAUACAGAGGCUGCGUCUGGAACAUGAGCAGGCCUCCCAGCCCACCCCAGAGAAGGCCCAGCAGAACCCCACCCUUCUGGCAGAACUCCGGCUGCUUAGGCAGAGGAAAGACGAGCUGGAGCAGCGCAUGUCGGCUCUGCAGGAGAGCAGGAGGGAGCUGAUGGUGCAGCUGGAGGGCCUUAUGAAGCUGCUCAAGGAUGAAGAACAAAAGCAGGCCGCCCAAGCUGCCGGCUCACCCCAUUCUUCACCCAGUCACGGGGCCAGUCGCCCAAUGCCCAUGCCUGUCCGCUCCACCUCCGCUGGCUCCACCCCUACCCACGUACCCCAGGACUCCCUGGCUGGGGUGGGAGGGGACGUGCAGGAAGCAUUCGCUCAGAGUGCAAGGAGAAAUCUCCGCAAUGAUCUUUUAGUGGCAGCUGAUUCGAUUACGAACACGAUGUCGUCCCUGGUGAAAGAGCUUCACUCGGUAGAUAACGGGGGCGAAGAGGAAGAGGAGAAACUGCAGAACGGGAAAGACCGGGGUUAAGCAAAAUGAAGCUAAAAUGAAAAAAUUCCAAGCACAGUGACUGUACAGAAGCAAGUGAUCACUCUGCAGACAUCCCCUCUCCAUGACAACAGGCACAUCACCCCCGAUCACCGAGGACACCACGGGAACGCGCUCGGGAGACCCAGCGGGAAAACGCCCGUCUCCACCACGCCCCCUCGCCCAACCCACCCUGGGACAGGGGAAGACCCUCCCUCCUGGCAUUAAAACUUAGAAGUAGUGCAUGCUGUAGUUAGAACAGGAUCUUGCCUUUGUCCGGAGGGUCCUUGCACAGCCAGUUGUUUUUUAUGUCUAUUAGCAGGCUUGUGUGUAGACUCCCAGCUGUGGCUCUAAUGAUUUCUCUCACUAUGGUGACGGAAUGGCUUGCUGUGCUUUCUCUCACUCCCAUGCUGAUUCUUGACCCUAAGGGAAUUUGCUUUCCAGCCCAUCCCUCCACAGAAAAAAAAAAAAGAAUGCGCACUGUACAUACCGUAUAGACGCCGCGCGCCAGGCCAACACGCUGAACGUCAUGACCAGAGUUACCUUCCUGUUUGAAACUUAUUUGUACUAUUAGAAGUGAUAGGCUUUGCAUGACGCUGCACUCCAGUCUGGGCGUCGGUGCCACGUCCCCUUUUCACUGACCUCUGACCCCAGGCUGCUUUCUGUGUGUCUGUUGUUACCCAUGAGUCUCUUACCUGUGGGUUUGCCUGCAUUGCCACUAUGGGAGCUUUCACAUCUUGUUCUGUUUUUCUUUUUUUGCGUGUUUGUUGUAUUUUUUCGGUGUCUGGAGAGGAUAAUUCGCUUCAGAGUUCAUGUCAUAUCAUGCUUUGCUCUGACCGGUGAAUGCUUGCCCCCC